AUGGCAGACGUUAUGUCCCUCUUCUCCCUAAGCGGGAAAACCGCCCUCGUCACCGGUGGCACACGAGGCAUUGGCCAAGCCAUGGCCCUUGCCUUGGCCGAGGCUGGCGCCGACGUUAUCCUGGUUCAGAGAGACAACACCAACACAGUCACUAAAGACGAAAUCACCCGCCUCGGUCGUCAAGCCUGGAUCCACGUCGCAGAACUAGGAGAUCGCCAAGCUGUCAAAAACAUCAUCCCCGCCGUGACCAGCCAAGGCCUCAAACCCGAGAUUCUAGUGAACUGCGCAGGGAUUCAACGGCGACACCCGAGCGAACAGUUCCCAGACUCGGACUGGGACGAGACACCCCCUGAAGACCCCCCUCGGUGUCUCAAUGUCUCAUUUGUGGAAAAUCAGGUCCUAGAAGUCAACCUCUCCUCGGUGUUUGCGCUUUGCCGGGAAUUCGGGGCAUACUUGCUUGCCCGUGACGCCUCCGAGUUUCCCUCCGGCCGUCGGGGGUCCAUCAUCAACGUCGCAUCGCUACUCACCUUCCAGGGCGGGAUCACAGUGCCGGCCUAUGCGGCGUCCAAGGGUGGCAUUGGGCAGUUGACCAAGGCGUUGUCUAAUGAGUGGAUUGCCAAGGGGAUUAAUGUCAACGCUAUUGCCCCUGGGUAUAUCGCGACCGAUAUGAACACUGCCCUUAUCAACGAUGCAAACCGCAAUGCUGGGAUUAUGGCGCGUAUCCCUGCUGGCCGAUGGGGAAAUCCCGAGGACUUCAAGGGUGCUGUGGUGUACUUGGCGAGUCGAGCUAGUAGUUAUGUGUCGGGGGAGAUUCUCACAGUGGAUGGUGGCUGGAUGGGGCGGUGA